AUGGGGGCGCCGCGCCGGGUCCGCCUGAUGGUGCUGCCGCGGGUGCUCUGGGGCUCCGUCCCCCUCUUCCUCCUGCUGCUGCCCGCGGCCGAGCCCAUCUGCCCUGAGCCAUGCGACUGCCAGCAGCACCAGCACCUCCUCUGCACCAACCGGGGCCUGCGCUCGGUGCCCAAGGCUGCCGAGCCCCAGGAUAUCCUCACCUACAGCCUCGGGGGCAACUUCAUCGCCAACAUCUCCGCCUUCGACUUCCACCGCCUGGCAGGGCUCCAGCGCCUGGACCUGCAGUACAACCGGAUCCGCUCGCUGCAUCCCAAGGCCUUUGAGCGCCUGGGUCGGCUGGAGGAGCUCUACCUGGGCAACAACCUGCUGCCGGCGCUGGCCCCCGGCACCCUCAGCGCCCUGGCCAAGCUGCGCAUCCUCUACGUGAACGCCAACGAGAUCGGCCGCCUCAGCGCCGCCUCCUUCUCCGGCCUCGGCAGCCUUGUCAAGCUGCGCCUGGAUGGCAACGAGCUGGGCUCGCUGGGUGACUCCACUUUCUCAGGGCUGCCGAACUUACUCUACCUGCACCUGGAGUCCAACCGCAUCCGCUGGCUGAGCCGCGGUGCCUUCACUGGCCUGGCUAAGCUGCGCUUCCUCGACCUCUCGGGGAACCAGCAGAGUACCCUUCGCCACCCAGACAUCUUCGGGCCGCUGCGCUCCCUCCACACCCUGCUGCUGGCCAGCAACAGCCUGCAGCAGCUGACAGGGGGGCUCUUCCAGCACCUGCCUGGCCUGGCGAAGCUCUCACUCAGCGGCAACCAACUGGCUCACUUGGCCCCCGAUGCCUUCACGGGGCUGGGUUCGCUGAAGGAGCUGCGCCUGGAGGGAAACCUGCUGAGCCACCUGCCCGCUGCACUGCUGGAGCCGCUGAGCAGCCUGGAGGCGCUGGAUCUGAGCCGCAAUGCGCUGAGCACCCUGCACCCCGCCACCUUUGGCCGCCUCGGCCGCUUGCGGGAGCUCAGCCUGCGAGACAACGCGCUGGCCACCCUCCCCGGCGAGCUCUUUGCCUCCAGCCCGGCCCUCUACCGCCUGGAGCUGGAGGGGAACGCCUGGAGCUGCGACUGCCGCCUCCGCGGCCUCAAGCACUGGCUGGGGGCCUGGCACUCCCAGGGCCGCCUUCUCACCGUCUUCGUGCAGUGCCGCCUGCCGCCCACCCUGGCCGGCAAGUACCUCGACUACCUGCAGGACGCCCAGCUGCCGCCGCCGCAAGACGGCGGCCCCUGCCACGACGGUGCCUCUCCCCCCUCCGCGUCCCCGCCGCCGGCAGCCGAGGAGCAGCGCCGGCCGCCGCCGGCCGCCGAGGGGCUCGGCAGCAACAGCAGCAGCGGCGGCGGCGGCGCGCGGCUGCCCCGCGGGCCCCCGGGGCCGCCGCCGUCCGCCUCCACCGCCCGCCUGCUGGGGGCGCCCGAGAGCGCGGCGGCGGCGGAGGCGGCCAGCCCCACGCCGCCGCUGCCCGCCCGCCCGGCGGCCUCCGGGCCGGCGCCGCCCAGCGCGGCGUGGCCCCGGCGGGCCGGCAAGCCCCGCUCGGCGCCGGGCGCCGGCGUCCCGCCGCUGGUGUCCGACCCGUGCGACUUCAACAAGCUGUUCCUCUGCAACCUGUCGGUGGAGGCGGUGGGCUCCAGCUCGGUGACGGUGCGCUGGGCCGUGCGGCCGCACCGCAGCCCCCGCCUGCUGGGGCCGGCGCGGUUCCGCCUCCUCUUUGACCGCUUCGGCACCGCCGUCAAGUUCCAGCGCUUCGUCUACCUGCCGGAGCGCGGGGAGCCGGCCGCCACCCUGCGGGAGCUCCGCCCGGACACCCCCUACCUCGUCUGCGUCGAGGGCGUCCUCGGCGGCCGCGUGUGCCCGGUGGCGCCGCGGGACCACUGCGCCGGGCUGGUCACCCUGCCCGAGGGCGGCGCGGCGGCGGCGGCGGCGGCGGGCGGGCCCCGCGGCCCCGACCAGCAGCUCCUCACCCUGGUGCUGCUGGCGGUGAACGCCCUGCUGCUCUUCGCGGCACUGGCCGCCUGGGCCUCCCGCCUGCUGCGGAAGAAGGUGCUGGGGCGGCGGCGGCGGAAGGCGGCCCCCGUCCAUGUCCGGCAGCUCUACUCCACCCGCCGACCCCUCCGCUCCAUGGGCACCGGUGUCUCCGCUGACUUCUCGGGCUUCCAGUCCCACCGGCCGCCCCGCGGCGCUGCCUGCGCCCUCAGCGAGGCCGACCUCAUCGAGUUCCCCUGCGAGCGCUUCAUGGAGAGCGGCGGUGGUGGCCACCACGGCGAUGACCACCUGCUGCAGCGGUUCGCCGACUGAGCCCGCCGAACUACAGCUCCCGGCAGGCCUUCAGCCACCCUUACUGCAGGCCGGGGCUGAUGCCGUCUGUGAGACGGGCUUACUCGGUCACCUUUGCUAGGAGGUCACUGUUUUCUCAGACCCGAGCAAAAGCCCUGGCUGCGGCGGUAACUGUUCCUUGCCAUGAGGAGAGCAAAACGGCGGGAGCUGCUGCGAACAGCAGCUGGUGCCUCCCUUACGUGAACACAGAGCCGUAAAUUUAAGUGUGGUAUUUUACAGGUGGUUUUCUUGGACUGCAGUUGGGGACAACAGUUACAACGAGCGGCCCGGCCCUGCGCAAGGAUGCUUUGACGAGACCUUUCCAAGGCACCAGCCCUUCCUAAUUAAAAGUUUCGACUGAGGGUCGUCUUUUAAUGUUACUGUUGAAAUGUGUGCAACCUGCAAGUUGUCUAGAGGGCUGGAAAUGUAUGUUUUGUGCUGGACAGUUUGAACGCUGUGCCAUUUUAAGUCAAACCGAAUGUGAGGCGAUUUAAUGUGCGCAAGUGUGUUUUCAUACUUUUUUGUAAACGGGAAACAAUAAUGCAGCUGGUUAGUUUUACAGGAAUAUAUUGCUGACACCACUAGGAAAAACUAACAGAGUUUUGUAAUAUGUUUACAAAUGAGCUAUUUUUAAAUUGUUUUUGAAUAAAUACUGCUUGGUACUUGUA